AUGCAGCUCUCCAAGUGCCUUGCUGGUCUUUCGCUUCUCGCCGCGACCGCCGCGACGUCCGUCUCGCAGGUCCACGUAACUCUCUCGUCCGAAGUCGUCGGCUGCAAGGACGGCGUGUCGAUCACGUUUGCAAGCGACGCGGCGGCGCCGUUGACGCUCACGUACAGCGCAGGCAGCACCGAGAAGACGGCGACGACGACCAUCAACUCGUACAAGGUCGACGACGUCAACUGCACGUAUGCCUCGCCCAACUUUCACACGGCGCAGCUCUGCGACCUCUCGGCCAACACGCAGUACACGUACUCGGUCGGCUCGUUCAAGGAAACCUUCAAGUCGAUUCCCGCGAAAGGCAAGAAGACCGUCCUCUCGGUCAUCGGCGACGUGGGCAUUGAGCACAUCCAGGACACGAUCUCGAACCUCGGCAGCGACCUCAAGGGCUCGACGCCGGACGCGGUCGUUGUCGCUGGCGACUGGGCGUACGCCAACGGCUUCCACGCCGACUGGGACAAGUGGCUUGAGGCGACGCAGCCGCUCUUCUCCAAGGUGCCGCUCCUCGGCAUCAACGGCAACCACGAAGUGAUCCAGGGCAACGGCGUCAACUACGACAACAUGUGCAAGCCCGAGUACUACUUGGCCUACAGCAACCGCAUCGUGACGCCGAUUUCGGCCGACGCCAACAAGGAUCUUCGCACGUGGUACUCGAAGAAGAUUGGCAACAUCCACGCUGUCUUCCUCGACGACUACACGGGCAUCCUUGGCGCUGACAACAUUGGCUCGGACUACUGGCUCACGCACCGCAACCAGCAGCUCGACUGGCUCAAGGCGGACCUCGCGAGCGUGAACCGCGAAGAGACGCCGUACCUCAUCGUCUUCAAGCACAACCCGUACUACAACACGUGGGCCAACCACCAGUGUCAGUGCUCGCCCGUCAAGUUUGAGAUCAACGAUGUCGAGGCGUGCUGGAAGGGCAACUACUACACCAACUCGACGGCCACGAGCGGCAAGCUUGGCGGCCCGCGCAGCGAGCCCCACUGCGGUCUCCAGGGCAAGUUCGAGGACCUCUAUCUCCAGUACGGCGUCGACGCCGUCAUGGCCGGCCACGUGCACGCGUACGAACGCACGGCGCCCAUUUACAAGAACAAGAUCACGGCCGGUGCCCCGGUGUACUUUACCGUCGGCACGGGUGGCCAUGGUCUGUACCAGGGCGCGAUCUCGCCAAUCCCCGAGUGGUCCAAGUCGACGUCGAGCUCGCUUUAUGGCGCGUCGCGUGUGGUUGCCGACGAUGAGAAGCUUACGAUCUACUACCGCGCCAACGGCGAGACGACGACGAUCUUUGACUCGGUCGAGAUCAAGCGCCGCACCAAGCCCGCGUGCUAAGUGUUUCGAUGGCUGCUGUAUCUGUGCAUAUUUCCAC